AUGACAGAAUAUAUUCAAACAUAUUCCAAACCAAUGGUUAAAGCAACAUCAUCAAUAUAUGAUCCAAAUUUAAUUGAAAGUUCGCGUUUACUUUUAUAUUUAUAUUUACACUUACAAACAAUUACUACAGCACUUCGAAAUAAUCUUGAAGCAAGGGAUUGGCAAAGACAUGCAUUUAAAUUAAAAUUAGUUGAAUAUCGCCAAUGGUUUUCACCAAUAAUGACAUUUUCAUUAGAAGGUUUUGUUGCAAAAAUCAGGCAAAUCAUGAAAAGAGCAGUAGAAGGUGAUAAUGAAGUUUUUUCUGAUGAAGAUUCUAUCCGGUAUUCUCCAUCAUCUAUGGGAGCUGCUGAUGCAUGUACAAAGCUUUGUCAAGAAUGGGAAGCAAUUGAUUAUCCUGAUAUAUAUAUACGUUAUACAGCACUUAUUAGAUUAACAAAUACAAUAUGUGAACAAUGUCAACAUUAUGCAAGACGUACAGCACGCAUAUUAUCGCAACAUAGAUAUUUUACUGAUUUAAAUAGUACACGAUCAUUUAAUGUUUCAAAAAAAUUAUGUAUCUUAGUUAAUGAUAUUGAAUUUGUUAAGCAAAAACUUCUUUCAUCUUUGCCAUAUGUAUUAAAUUUCUCGACUGUUAUUGAUAAGAUGAUUGAAAACUAUGAUUCAACAGAUUUUCAACAAACGAAAGUAACACUUGAACGUUUAAUAUCAACAGCUGAACAUGAAAUGAAUGAUGUUAUUAAACUUAUAUUUGAACGUGUUGCUACCUUAUUUUAUGUAUCUUUAAAAGAUAAAAUUUCCAAAUACUAUGAAGAUGAAAAACGUAGAAAAGUCGACCCUAUGAAUGAUAUAAAUCAAUACAUAGAUCAAGAAAUUCUUCGUAAAUUAUAUGCAGGUCUUGAAAAAGUUCAAUAUUCUCGUGUUGCUUGUGCUAUACGUAUAAAAGCACUACAAUGUUUAAGGGAAUUAUUACCAUUACAAGAGUCUCCAGAUUUUUAUGAACGUGUUUUACAAUCAUUUGGUCAUUUGGCUUUAUAUUUUGAAAAAGUAUGUCGUGGAGAACAACAUAUACCUGGUCCAUCAUGUGAAGAAGUAACAACUUUUCGACGAACACUUCAACAAUUUGCAUUAUCAACUGAACAAUUACAAUUAAUUUAUUUCCGAGAGAUAACUCAAACACCUUCUCCUUAUUCAUGUCCAACAAAUAAUGGUGUAAUUGUUUUUCGUGCUGCAUAUGAAAUCGUCGAUGAUCGUAUUACUAUUUAUGCUGAAAAUAUAUAUAUUUGUGUUCUAUAUGAAGUUUUUUCUUGUCACCACUUACCAAAAAUGGAUCAUUGCGGUUCAUCAGAUCCAUAUGUUAUUCUUGAAUUAUUACCAUCAAGACUUUAUCCAAAACGUCCAAAAGAACAUAAAACAAUUACCAUAAAACGAACACUUGAUCCAGAAUUUAAUCAACUAUUUCAAUGGGAUUAUCUUCCAUCAGAUAUUGUACAUACACCGGGUGCGGUUUUACGUCUUAGUGUUUGGGAUAAAAAUAUGGUAUUAAAGGAUGAUUUUAUUGGUGAAUGCUUUGUAUCGUUAACAAAUAUUGAAUCAUUAAUAAAUCAUGCAGCAACACGUGAUGUUCCUGUAUCAGAAGUACAUUUGAGAAGAGGAGAUAACAUUGCUCAAUCAACAGUAUAUAAAUUAAUUCGAAAUCGUGCAAAAUUUGAUCAAGAAGCAGCUCUUUUUCUUAAACAACGUACUCGUGCAAUGGAAUCAGAAAACGGAAGUGAUGGUGAAAAUCCAUCAGAGUCAUAUUCUAGUACAGCUCUACAUUCGUUAUGCUGUUUGGCACCAUGUGAUAUUGGUUUUGGUUUUCAUUCAACUGCUAGUGACCAAUCAUACACUGAUAAUAUUGAAGAAAUAAACUGA